AUGGCACCCAAUUCUCGACCGCCAUUAACAAGUCGGAUAAGAGCUUCUUUCGACGGCAAACGCACCAAAUCCGAAGUCACCAGCCCGACACAUACGAACGGAUUCAUCACACAGGACCCUGAAAGUCUGCGGAGUGCGAUAGAUGAAGCUAUUAACAGCGAAACUUUUCAGAAAGCUAUUGCGGCAAACCUUGCGAAACUAAUAAAACCCUCCAUCAAAUCGGCCCUCGAUACGAUACAACCGGUGGUGGAAGCGGUGUACUCACACGAAUUAUUACUACGGAAAACGAAUCAGAGUGUGGAAGACAUUCUAUUGCGACUGGACGAGAAAGGAGUCACAGCUUCACGACGGGAAUCGUUAGUCGAGCCCCUAGGCCCUGAACCGAAUGAUGGAGUACCUACAGCUCCCGCAGACGAAGGAGACGACGGAGGAGGAAAAACACUAACCCAGGAAACACCAAGAGCUGUGACUACUUCGAGUUCAGACCUUGCACAGCACAAAAAACUGUUGGAGGACAAUCAUGCGAAGACCACAUCAUCGUUGGCCGAGCUAUCUAGCAAUGUCGAGGUUAGCAACGGCAAGAUAGCAGAAGCUUUGCAGGGCAUCAGUGAUGUGGAUACGAAACUUCGAUGGGCGAGUGAUAGCAUCGAUUCGCUGAAGUCGUCAUCGGAACAAUCUCAUACCACGAUGUCGGUGUUGCAAGCACAACUUGACCAAUUGAAGGAGGAUAUUGGUCAGCUUAUGACCGCAGUCGGUUCUGACUUGGGAAAGAACGUCCAAGCUCUUAGUCAACACGGUGGGGCCCAAGACACUUCUCUCUUCGAUGCACAUACUACGAAGCUAGAUGCUAUAUCGACAGACAUUGCUGCCCUGAAGGCUCAUUCCGACACUGUCGAAAAGAUUGAUGCUGUUUCUACGGAGCUUGCCUCACUCAAGACCAGCGUUGAAGCUGGUAUUGCUUCGAAUAGCGAGGGCUUUAGUGGUCUGGGCUCACAAAUCAGUACCGUUCUUACCACUCUUGAAGGACAUACCGGCACACUGAGCGAAAUCAAAGAGAAAGCGCCGCAUCCAGAGAUUCUCAGUGCACUUCAGCAGUCAAACGAUUCUCACGCAGCCCAUGCUAUUGCGUUAGGUGAAAUCAAAGAGCGCUCUGGUGCAGCACCAACUCCAAUAGCCACCGAUAACGGAAGUUCGGACUCAACUGCAGCCCUACAGGAAUUAAAAGCUGACCUCGCCUCUCUGAGAGAAAACAUCGAGGCAGGACUUACUUCGAACAACGAGAAUGUUACUAGUGUUGGAGCCAAGGUCGACAAUGUCCUGUCUACAAUUGAAGGCCAUAAAGCUUCGGACCCGAGCGCUGACAUUCUUGCUGCUGUUCAACAAUCUAACGACUCACACGCCUCGCAUACCGCGGCGUUGGAUGAGCUGAAAUCCAGAGAAAUAGCACCAGCUGCUGCCCUUGAUACGAGUGAAAUUGACGCACGUGGCCAGACGCAUGCCUCCACAUUAGACGAAAUCAAGUUGGCAUCAACCACGCACGCUUCCGCAUUGGAUGAGCUCAAAUCGCCUGGAAUUCCAUCUAUGGGAGCUGUCGACAACACGAGCUUCGCUGCUCUGGAGAUCCAAAUCGGAUCCAUCAUCAAUACUCUAAACGUCCAGACCGCCGCUAUCAAAGAGCUGCGACCUACAUCAUCCGAAAGCACCGAGAUUGCCUCACCACCAGAGGGAAGCGAAGGACUUGGUGGAAUCAUGACAACAGUCGUCGAAACACUCGAAAUGCAUACGAUGCUACUCAACGAAAUGAAGGAAGACGUCAGCGCCGAAAUCCUUACCACUCUCCACGAUCUCAGUCAGAUGCAAGUUAACCAGACCAAUCUGCUUACAGAGAUUCGAGAAGCGGAUCUAAGCGAUGAGGUUUUGACAUUGCUACAUGCUACUACAAGUCUUGCAUCUCAAGACAUGCACGCAGCUCACGCAACGAGCCUAGAUGAGAUCAAAUCGAGAUCAAUCGAGCCUUCAGCCGCUUCCCCAGUUGAUCUUUCUGGUCUCGAAACACAACUCAAUGCCAUUUCGGCUUCUCUGGAGGAACAUAAGACCAUGCUGUCAAAUAUUACAGAUGCCUCUCUUCUGUCCAAUAUCUCGCACACGGCACACACAUCCAUCCUAAGCGAUAUCAAGGACGCCUCAACUGCCAGUAAUGAGUCUCAUUCUGCCCAUGCAGCUGCUUUGUCAGAUAUUAAGGAUGCGACGUCCUCGUGGAAUGAAGCUCAUUCUGCCAAUGCUUUCACGCUGGCGGAGAUUAAGGAUGCCACUUUAGCAAGUAACGAGAAUCUCUCACCUAUCGAAGGACAUCUCACCUCUAUCAUCAGCACUUUGGAGGGCCAAAGUUCAUCGCUAGCUGAGAUCAAAGAAGCCUCGUCUCACGAAGACAUCCUGGCCAAUAUCUCCGACUUGAAAUCCAUCAUCUCAGAGUCGCACGCGGAGCACGGGAUUUUGGUAAAAGAUCUCCACACCGAAACCAAAGACUCGCAUUCGCAUCUCGCAGAAGCAAUUGGAGCCCUCGCACUCGGCGGCGCAGCAGGGGCCGGGACCUCGGUCUCAAUGGACGAUUCCAGCAAAGAAGUCCUCUCAGAAGUCCAAGCCAUGCGCGUCGUUCUCGACGGCACAAAAGAAAAAGUCGAAAGCGUCGCAGCACAGAUAGACAUCAACCACACAACCGUCACAACCUCAAUAACCACUCUCUCUGAUGAGCUGAAAGCCGAAAUCGAUGCAACGGGAACCCAUGUCACCGAUCACGUGCUGUCUAUCGAUCUCAACCCUCUCACGCAAAGCGUCAAGACCGUUGAAUCAAAACUCGAAGGCCUGGAAUCUAGCGUCAAGCAAACUGGCUCUUUUGUCGUUGGUCUUUAUGAGGGCGUGCAUUUAAAUGAUACUGGCGUUGGACAAUUGCAGGAA